AUGCAUGAUUCUGAGGCUAGUACUAGAAUUGUUAUUAAACGAUUAAAGGAACUCUUUAUUCCUGGAAGCGAUAAAAAUAAAGAUACUGAUACUGGUGACACUAAUAAUAAAUCAAACCCAGUAGCGACUCAAGAAGACAAAGAAGACGAAGAUACAAAGAAAAUGAAUAAAAUUGUGGGCGAACGAUGGGAGAGAAUUAAGAAUCUUACUCACCGAUCAAAUAAAAGAUCAUCACCAUCCAGUUCUAAUAACAAUGGUGCAGUCGAUGAUGAGAAAAAGGAUGAAAACUCACAAUCACCGCCAUUAAAGAAAUUUAAAACAGAUUUAGUCCCAUCUGCUAGCUGGUUCGCUUAUACAUCAUCACAGCCCAACGAUAACAGUGAUAAUAAUAAUGGUAUUAUUAACAAUAGCAGUAGCAGCUACAAACCCAAAGUCUUUAGAAUUAAUG